AUGGAGAGGAGAGGAAGCCUCUACAAUAUGCAGUCUCUGCUUCUUGUUUUCUUGGUGUGGGACCCAGCCAGGUUGGUGCUGGCUAACAUCCAAGAAGAUGAAGCUAAAAAUAACAUUACCAUCUUUACAAGAAUUCUAGACAGACUUCUGGAUGGUUACGAUAAUCGGCUUAGACCAGGAUUGGGAGACAGUAUUACUGAAGUCUUCACAAACAUCUACGUGACCAGUUUUGGCCCAGUAUCUGACACUGAUAUGGAAUAUACAAUUGAUGUGUUCUUUCGUCAAAAAUGGAAAGAUGAAAGACUAAAGUUUAAAGGCCCUAUGAAUAUCCUUCGCCUUAACAAUUUAAUGGCUAGCAAAAUCUGGACUCCAGACACAUUCUUUCACAAUGGGAAAAAGUCAGUAGCUCAUAACAUGACAAUGCCAAACAAGCUGCUUCGAAUCCAAGAUGAUGGGACUCUGCUGUACACAAUGAGGCUUACAGUGCAAGCUGAAUGUCCAAUGCACUUGGAGGAUUUUCCAAUGGAUGCUCAUUCGUGUCCUCUGAAAUUUGGCAGCUAUGCAUAUACAACCUCAGAAGUUACUUACAUCUGGACUUACAAUGCAUCUGAUUCAGUACAGGUUGCUCCUGAUGGCUCAAGAUUAAAUCAGUAUGACCUGCUAGGCCAAUCAAUUGGAAAAGAAACAAUUAAAUCUAGUACAGGUGAAUAUACUGUAAUGACAGCUCAUUUCCACUUGAAAAGAAAAAUUGGGUAUUUUGUGAUUCAGACCUAUCUACCUUGCAUCAUGACUGUCAUUCUCUCCCAAGUGUCAUUCUGGCUUAACAGAGAAUCUGUGCCUGCAAGAACUGUGUUUGGAGUAACUACUGUUCUAACAAUGACAACAUUAAGCAUCAGUGCUCGAAAUUCUCUUCCUAAAGUGGCUUAUGCCACUGCCAUGGACUGGUUCAUUGCUGUGUGUUAUGCAUUUGUGUUCUCUGCACUGAUAGAAUUUGCUACUGUUAAUUACUUCACCAAAAGAGGAUGGGCUUGGGAUGGAAAGAGCGUAGUAAAUGACAAGAAAAAAGAGAAAGCUUCAGUCAUGAUACAGAACAACGCAUAUGCGGUGGCUGUUGCCAAUUAUGCCCCAAAUCUUUCAAAAGAUCCUGUUCUUUCCACCAUCUCCAAAAGUGCGACUACACCGGAACCCAACAAGAAGCCAGAAAACAAACCAGCGGAAGCCAAGAAAACCUUCAACAGUGUUAGCAAAAUUGAUAGAAUGUCCAGAAUAGUUUUCCCAGUUUUGUUUGGUACAUUUAAUUUAGUUUACUGGGCUACGUAUCUAAACAGGGAGCCUGUACUAGGUGUCAGUCCUUGAUUCUGGACAUGGGCUACCUUUGGGAUGUAUAGCAACAUUAAACCUAUUUGUUUUGCUAUGUACAGUCUAACUAAUAACUGCUAAUUUGUGAAUCAAGAUGUACAGUAUGUAUAUAGUGAUCUAGCUUACCAAUAGACUUUUAAUGGAGACAUGCAUUUGCUAACUUAUGGAACUAUGGCAGAAAACACCCCAUGCCAAAAGAGCCAUUGCCUUUUGAAAUUUUUACCCUAGGACCUAGAACAAGGUGGAUUUUUACAAGAUUCAAAUUUCUUUCCUAUUCUUUGGAUAGAAAUGAAAAUGAGUAUCCUGUAUCACCCCUUAUGGAACCUCUUGAUUCUGUUAGUCAAUAGUAGUACUUUCCACUGUAGGUUAAUUAUGAUAGAAGAUGAACGUUGACACUUAAAGAUGAAUUCUUCUAAGUAACAGAACCUCUUAACUGCAACACCAGUUCCUUUCAUGAGGGCUCAGAAUCCGCAUAAUUGGAAGUUUGACAUACAUAAGAAGAAAAU